AUGGCGCGACGCACCCGUACCCGCCGGCAACAGCCCAAGCCCAAGCCCACGCCACCAUACCACACCCCCCGAGACCCCCUGACACAAGACAUGGGCGCAAUAGCCCUCAUCCGCCGAAGCGACGGCCACGCCAUAAAUCUCCCAGACAUCACAUCCUUCUGGGACAUGGCCCGCACGGAUCCCGACCAACUUGGCUCCAACGUCGCGGACUUCAGGGCAUCAGCUGUCUGGCUCGGCUUCUGCAGAGAGCAUAUUCUGGCGCUACAAAUCACGGGCCUCCACGAUGUGGAGACGUAUCUGAGCUGUCUGGAUUGUAGAGUGCCGCGCGAGGAGUGUGUGCGGUGUGCGGUGUUGGGGAGUGUGGUGCAUUUGUGGAUGUGGGAUGAGCCGAGCUGUCCUAUUGUGAACGAAGUGUUUGUGAGGGAUGGGCAAGCGAUGCUGAGGAGAUUGGGUCAGCUGGGAAGUCUUAUGACGCUGGCGGUGCCGCAUGCGAUGCUCGAGGCGCAUCUUCUCAGUUUGUGGGGCGUGCCUAACCUUCAGACGGUCAGAGCAGUUCGUAUGGCUCAUGCACCAGGUCUCGCGGUCCGCGUCAGCUGGUCCUUUGAAAUGCCGCAGCGUCGUGCUGAUGGACAUUUCCAUGAUUGGGCUGAGCCACUGACUACGCCGCCCGCUGCGCCCUGUCAGGAUUGUCACGCUGUGCUGCCGGGGAUAUGGGCUACGUUCAAGCUGAAGGCGGGUGAGAACUUCGCCGCGAAGUUGAAGAGAGAUUUGAUCGAGGGAAAGGGAGGGUUGGAGAGAUGCAUCAAUGAGGCUACGAGGGCGGGCCACUGGGUGGUGCAUCACGCUCACAUGCACCCCGGGACCACGAUCGAGAAGGAGCACGCGCUGUUCGCGCCCAGUGCUCGAAGCGAAGCAGAAGCACUCCCUCCACCACCGCAAUCGCAGGCUAUCGCAGUGGAAGGCCAGCACCAGGCUCCAGCACCUUACACCCACUCGGAGGCCAUGAAAAUGGGAGUCUUCGACGCGCUCCCUCCUCCAGAGGCAGCAUCCAGGACCGACUCACCAGCAUCGUCCUUCGAAUGGCACGAAGGCCCAGUCCCACCCAUCGGCACCUGGCCAGGCCACGACACGCCUCCGCUCCCAUCGGACCGCGAGGACGGCUGCCCAGCGUCCACGUUCACAAAACGCGGGCGCCAUACUCUGAACGAGACGCUUUAUGCACUGCAUUCCGCGUCAGGCCGACCCCUAGCAUCGCCCGACCACCUUCUCAGACGCUCGCUGGGAUGGUCGUCGGUGUCGGAGGUAGACAUCGAUGAGCGGGGCCUCGCGUCUAGGGAGAGAGUCGCACGCGCGGACGCGUAG